GCAGGGCGCAGAGAUGUGCUCGCCGCAGACCACUUUAGUGUUGUUUUGUGUAGCGUAGAGACCGCCGGUGCGCAGGCGACCCACUGUACACUCUACCACGAGCCCGUAGUAGUCUGUACUACAUACAAUCGACACCAUGCGCCCUGUGCCUGUAGCUAUAUUAUUAGCUUUAUUCUCAUUGAGUUUAGCGGAAGAAAGCACAGUAUAUGAUACUAAUAAUGAAAAUCUUAACAGUUUAGAACCGAAACCUUCAGUAAGGUUGGAUCCUUACAUAAGAAAAGCACUGUUGAAAGCUCUGACUGACCUUGAAGAAAGUGAUAGCUUCACGGAAACGGAAUCAACUGUUGUGAAUCCAACAGCGCAGACAGAAUAUUUAAAGGAAAAUGAAGAAUUAACAACAGCACAAACGUCUAAGGAUGGCAUACAAAUACAUUCAUACAUAGUUAAUGGUCAAUCUGCCUUUACAAAUAGCACAGACGCGACACCCAUGUUACUCGAGAGUAAUGUAUCUAUUUUAGACACGACAGUAGGAAAUGUUGAAAACCAAGUAACAGCUACUCUCCCAACUCAAAAUCCUUACACAGAGAUAUUUCAAACCAAAGAAAGUACCAAUUACUCUCAUUUACGAACGAAACAAAGUCCGAAAAUUGAAAUUUAUACCAAACAGUCAACUUCCACAUCAAAACCAACGACCACCACGACCACAACUACAACGACCACAACUCCAAAACCGACUCAUGAUUUAGAUGGUAAAAACAUUGAAGAGGUUGACAAAAAAGAUGUUCAAGUCUUCCAAGCUCCUCUGGUUGCAGCGUUCACGGUUCACCAAGAUGUCUUAGGGCAUCCAAAGAAAGUUGUACCGAUUUACCAACAAACAAAUAUACAAGAAGUCUUGAAGUCACAAUCGACUACAAAUGUACCAACAGGUAUUUUACCACCACAAAUUUUAACUCAAAGUUUUCCGAUCGAUAACAGAAACUUGAAUAAGAUAGCUCAGAAUAACUUCUUAUCCCAACAAAUAUUGUUACAAAAACAGCUUGAAGAGAAACAACGAAUUCUCGAAGAACAGCUUCAGUUAUUACAACUUCAACAAAGACAGCAAGAGGAUUUACUAAGAAAGCAGCAAUUGUUAAUUCAACAAAAAGAAGCACAGCGACAGCAACAAAUUUUGUACGAACAAGACCAGUUGAAAAGGCAUCAACUUCUUGUUGAGCAACAAAAAAUCCAAUCAAACCAGAUUUUAGGCGGUUUUCAGGGACAGAAAGGUUUGCAAUCAAAUAGGUUUUUAAAUCCAAGCACUACAUUGCAAAGUCAGAAUUCCCAGGUAUCGAUUCAACCGAGUGUACACUUAGAGCAAGUGAACCUGCUAGCCAAUCAACAGCAGCUGCCUAAUAGAGAAGCUGUGGAUUUUCUUAUACAUCUCCGUAGUCAGCGACCUGAGCAAUUCCCUCUGCAAGAAAAUCAUCUACCCCAAGGAAUUACCAACUUUCUUCACCCAAAUCCCAGCCAAGGCCCUUUUCACCAAGGACCAAACUUCAACCAAUUAAGACUAACUGAUGAUUUAACAAGACAAAAACAUGGUAAUCGAGUGUUUCGACAAGAGAGUGGUGUUGGCAAUUUCGGAUUGAAUGGAGAAUACAAUAGAUUUAAUACUUUCAGUCCAGUUUAUACUAACCACUUUUUUCCACCGAACAGACAAAAUCAAUUUAAUGCGGACGCACAAUUAAAACAAUUAUUAGUCGAAACAGGUCUUAAUGGGAAAACUCAUGAAGAUUUAAAUAUUGUUACAAAAGUUUUGUCUUUGAAUCACGGUAUACCAUUAAACAAUAACAUUUCUAAUAGAUUACCAUUCGAUAGCCGGAGACACGUCAGAACUUCGUUAUAGGACAAAUGUAAGGCAAAAUAAAUGUACACUUAGUUAAAUAGCUGCCAGGUUUUAUUGUGCUUGUAUCAAACUACAAUUAAUAUUAAAUUCACAUGCUAUAGCUAUUUCUUAUCAAAUAAGUUGUUAUAUUCACGGUCAUUACGUCAUUACACAACCAAAGAAGCUACGCAAAAACCGCUACAUAUUUCCGAGGAAUAUCUUCAUUCUGGAUUACACCCUACUAUUUAAAUGGACGUAUUUUUAGAGGAAAAUCUUUAUUUAUUAUUUUAUUUUUGUAAACUGCCAUAAGUAGUUAUCUUAAGUAAUUUUUUAUGUUUAUAUUUAAGUAUGAUAGAAUUUAAAUGGUACAUAUUAUACUUUUUAAUCUAGUUUAUAAGAAAAAUACAGACCUCCAUAUUAUUUGCAAUACAAGUUAAAAUGUAUUGUCGAGUACCAAAAUCGAUGAAUAAAAUUUUGUUACGAAAUUAAUGUGUGUAUUUUGCAAUGUACAAAAUAUUUUUUUCAUAUCAAAUAAGAAGCAAAUGUUAUUAGUCAUUAUUUCUUAUUUAGAUAAAUAUAAAUAAACAUUAAAAAUCUA